AUGAGUCCACUCACCUCAAUACUUACGGUUAUUGCAUCACCAAUUAUUUACUCACUCCAUGUUAUCUGUAUCAUAACAUCAAACUUGUUAAUACACCCGCUAGGAUACCUAUUUUCAAUAUGUAUAUAUACUCCAUUCAUCAAGAUCCCUUUUAUUAUCCCAGCACGUUAUUUUCUUGAACUAGACACCAAUGUUCAUGUACAUUUGAUUUCAUCACUAACUGGAGCCAAGCACCAACCAAGCUACUUUAUACGAGCAUCACUGGUGCUAUACUCAAUGGUGUUUCGGACUCGGGGCAUGAAGCAAGAACAAAUUGAACGAUUUAUAGCUCAACUUACAUUAUUCUUCACCACUACUUUCCAUUUUAUAAUGACGGCAAUCUACAUUGGUUUAUUAGCUGGAGUAAUAUUGGGUACGAUUUUCUCAUUUAUUUCAUGGAUGUUUACAAUGAGUCCUGAAACUGAAGCGAAUAUAACCAUUGGAUUACAAAAUAAAAUUAAUAAAGUAUUGAGGUUUGUGCCUACUAAGAGCACGUUACCACGAUUAAAAUUUAGAUUAUGGGGUGGAAGAUCAAAGACUGCAGCUGUUAACCAUAAUGAUACCGUUUCAUCUCCACUGACGGCAACGUCAUCAACUGGUUGGUUAAGUGCGGCGCCGGAUGUGUAUCCUAAAGUGAAACUGGAAGGUCCCUUUUAUCAACCGUAUCUGUCAAGAUUCGAUGAUGACGAUUACGAUGAACAACAAGCGUAUCUUAGUCAAGAAUUGCAAAUGAAACAUAGUGAUGAUGUCCCUAGAAUCAAGCAAGAGACUAAACCAAGGUAUGAAAUGGAAAUGAUUGCUGAAGAGUCGAAUGCAAGUGAUAGUACUGAAAUCGUUGAUUAUCAAGGAGAUCCUGGUGCCGGUAGAAGUGCUAGUGGUAUUGCUGGUGGUGUUGAAUCAGGUGAAGAAGUGUACAUCUAUCCUACUCCGAGCACCGAUCAUGAAUUGCAAACCGAUAGAAGUGGACUAAGACAAAGAAUUAAACAGGAAAGAUUGCGUACGAGAACAGCUACGACUCCUAGUGAUAGUGAACAAAGUAAUACCGCACUGUAUCAUGAUGAACAGUCAGUUGCGAAUGAAGAUAGUGGCGAUGCCGAUGUCGAAGAAGCAAGUGGUGGUGAAACUAGUGCUGCUGAAAUUACCACGGAUGCAAGUGAUGACACAAGUGAAGAUGCUCAAAGUGGAGACGUAAACGAGGAAGCUAGUGUAACAAAUAUGACUCGUGUAAGUGGUGACGAUUUUAUCAAGAGUUAUCAAAUUGAUGAACCUGUUAUUGAUCUGUUGAAUGAGCUGGAGUCGUAG